CCUAGCAAAGAGAAAUCGAGAGUUGCAGCAAUGGCGGACGUUGAAACAGAGGUAGGUCAACCAGGAGUGCCGAAGAAGAGAACGUUCAAGAAGUUCAGUUUCAGAGGAGUGGAUCUCGAUGCUCUCUUGGACAUGUCCACCGAUGAUCUCGUCAAGCUCUUCUCUGCUCGUGCUCGCAGAAGGUUUCAACGCGGUUUGACACGCAAGCCUAUGGCUCUCAUCAAGAAGCUCCGUAAGGCGAAACGAGAGGCUCCACCAGGUGAGAAGCCAGAGCCAGUAAGGACUCACCUUCGCAACAUGAUCAUUGUGCCUGAGAUGAUUGGUAGCAUUAUUGGUGUUUACAACGGAAAGACCUUCAAUCAAGUUGAAAUUAAACCAGAAAUGAUUGGCCACUAUCUGGCUGAAUUCUCAAUCUCUUACAAGCCUGUUAAGCAUGGAAGGCCCGGUAUAGGUGCUACCCACUCCUCCAGGUUCAUCCCUCUCAAGUGAAGACAUCACAAAUGUCAUUUGUUUUUCUUAUGUCAAAUUUCGCUAGUUUAAGCAAACUUUUUUCUAAUCUAAAUUCUAGUUGAUAUUGUUUUGCCUUCUAUAUCAGCGAACAAAAGUUUGGAUUUAAA